UUGGACAACACAUUUUUCGGUACAUCCACUUCCUUUUCUCCCUGCUUUCGGAAUGCAGUCGUAGAAGGCUCUCUUAUCGGUUUUGAUGCAGAAGACCAUCGGGACGAUGCUUCGUCGUCUGGACCUGCCUCCGAUCAACGAACUCCGUCCUAUAAGGUGACUCCCGCGGAAGACCGUCUGUCAUCAGCGGAUCGCGAUCGAACAAUGAGCCCCAGUUCUCAAGGUCGACUUGAUUCACCGAGUGACUUGAGCACGGAGUUAGAAUCGCGCAGACGUAUGCUUUCCGCCCUGAAUCUGUUCUCAGCACAUCCGAUGAAAGACAGUCCAGGCAUUCACCGGGUCUCUGGCUCCGUUGGUGAUAACCUAUGCCCAUCCCCUUUGGGUCCGUUUGAUACAGUCCAAACUCAAGCCUAUGCGUUUUUAACGGAUGAGCCUGAUACAACAGCCACUGGUUCGGAUAUUGAAGUGUUGUCCAGAUGCACUUCGACUAACGAUGAAUCGGGUCAAAUGAUUGGUCUUGGUUCGACCAGUUUCGAACGUACAGGCGAAUUCCAGAAACCGUUGGAUGCUUCGGGACUCAUGAGUACCCCACAUGGGACUUCAACUCUUUCUCGGUUGAGUGAUAUUCAUUUUUCCAUGGAAUGUUUGUCUCGGCCACGUGAAGAAGAUCUUUCCUACGCAUUUCAACGUCUCAUCAAAAAAUAUGCAGACAAAAAAGCUUUGCUUCAAAUUCGUGAAGCCAAGAUUUUACAGCUCAGUCGAGAGAACUGCGGUCUGCGCGAGGUCAACGCCACUCUAGGAGAAUUAGCUUUCUAUCCGUUGUCGAUCGAUUUGGUUGGUAGACCGUAA